ACCCGAGCAGUGAGGCCGCUCAGAGAGGUGAGCGGAGACUAACAGCCGCGGUGCACAGCCGACAGUCGAGGGAGCGCCACUCGGCCAGGUGGACACAACGAGCCGCACAGCAACGUACCGGGGCAGCGCCACACCAUGCGCCAGCUGCUACUGGCCAGUCUCGUCUGCGCCGUCUCGGCCGAGCACCAUGAACGGAUCAGCCUGGUGCAAGUUGGACCGCCGAAUGAGUGUGUCGCCAACACGUGCGGCGACAGAUACACGUGCGAGGUGCGGGAGUGCCGCUGCGAGGCCUGCAUCCCAAAGAAGCUGACUUGCAAGGACAUCAAGUGUGAGCCGAACGAGAAAUGCGUCCAGACCGCUGACGGGCCAGAGUGCCAGCCCAGGACCUGUGCCGACAUCCGGUGUGCUGCCGGAGAGAAGUGUGACGAGCUGCCCGACGGACCCGACUGCGUGCCAGACGUGCCGACGUGCGAGGGCUUCUUCUGCCGUCGCGGCACCAACUGCUACAUUCGCCAGGGCUCGCCCAUCUGUCUGCCCAACACGUGCGAGGUGCGCGAAUGUGAGCCGGGCCUCAACUGUAUCGACACGCCCGACGGAGCGCUCUGCCGCAAGGGAGAACCUAUCGGCACGUGCGAGGGCAAGUACUGUCCGCCCAACACCGUGUGCCAGACGUCGGCCCAAGGACCGACCUGCGCACACAUCUGAGGGACGAUUCGAAUCGACCUGCGCGCACAUCUGAGGGGCGACUCGAAUCGACCUGCGCCCACAUCUGAGGACCCGACGCCGACCUGCAACCACAUUUGAGGGCUCGAGGACCGACCUGCGCCAUACCUGAGGACCCGCGGCCCGAGGUCACAAGUGACGAUGGAAGGACCGAUCUGCACCCACACUGCAGAGGAUCUGAGGGGUGACUUGGACCGACCACCUCUCAGGCCGUCCACGCCUGAGAGGCACGCCCCUCUGCAAAGAUAAACGGUGAUGGUAGUUCGGACCAGAAUUCAAACAAGGUUUGCGCAGAAAAGUGUUUACUUUUUUAACCGAUGCGAACGCAAUGCGCAUGCUUAUGUAUCUGAUGAAGCCUGUAAUCUGCCCAGUAACCGAUGGCUUCCUGCGACCGUUAAUUCCUGUUUAGGGCUGUGCGCUGAUUGGCAAUGUUGGUAGGGGAUAUGACAAGGGACUGUCAUACUACAACGCGAAGGAUAAUUGAAAUAAAUAUUGAUGCGGAUCUGCA